ACAUCAUUUCAUCAUCUUGGUAUAUUGAAUGGUGUUUCAAAUCAAUUGAAAAAGAUACAACUAAUAAAACCAACUCCAAUUCAAUGUCUAGCAAUACCACCGAUAUUAAAUAGAUAUGAUGCCAUCAUUGAAUCACAUAGCGGAACUGGCAAAACAUUUGCUUUUCUAUUACCAUCUAUACAAGAUUCUAAACAACCUUUCUCAACAGUUAUUAUCGUACCAACACGUGAGCUCGCCAUGCAAAUUGUCUAUAACGCUAAUCGUAUUGAAACUUUAUGU